CCGGAAGUGGCAGCGGCGAUGGCGGCGGCGGGGCCGGUGCGGCUGUGGGUGCGCACGGAGCCGUUCCUGGUGGGCGCGCUCCCGGCCCCGCCGCCCGCCCGCCUCACCCCGCACUAUCUGCGCAAGGCCGCCACCUACGCCCGCGCGCGGGCGGACCAGGGCUGCUUCCCGCGGCUGCGCUGGCCCAGCUGGCGGCACAUCGCCUGCGGGAAGCUGCAGCUGAGCCGCGAGAUCGCCUGGCUCUACUUCGAGCUCUUCCGCGGCCUCCUGGGGCCCGCGCCGCCGCUCCGCCUGCGCUGGGCCGACGCUGAGGCGGCCUGCGCCAACGCCGAGGAGCUGGAGCGGGAGCGGAGCAAGCUCUCCGUGGACACUCUGCAGUUCCUGCUCUUCCUGUACGUGCAGCAGAUCCACAAGGUGUCCCUGCGGCGCUCUCUGCUCGGGGACGAGUGGCCCAGCCCCAGGACCAAGUCUCCCAGCCUGGCCGGGAAAUCGGCGGGCGGCAAUAAGAACUGGAAUGACCAGGAGCACCUCGCCUUUGUGCAGAGCCACCUCUUGGAUCUGCUGGAGCUGCUGCUGGAGCCAGAGCAGCUCUCAGCCUCUUCCCACUCCAGCUGCAGCAGCCUGGUGUCCCUGGAAUCCCUGUGUGCCCUCGGCUUCCUGCUGGAGGGCACUGUCGGCAGCUCCGGCGCCGUGCGGCCGCUCCACGAGCUGGCCCUGAGGCAGCCCUGCCACGGCCACAACGGCUACUCCAAGGUCACCAGGAGCUUCUCCCUGCCCAAGCUGGAGAGCUGGCUGCGCUCCUGCCUCGCCGCCAACCCCCUGGGGAUGACUGUCUGCCUCAAGGCUGGCAAGAAGCUGGCAUGGGCACAGCAAGUGGAAGGAACAACCAGGAGAGCCAAGAUUGCCUGCAGUGCCCGGGUGGUGCCAGAGGUGUCUCCCAUGGUGAUCAUGAGCCAGGUGUACAGGCAGACCCUGGCCAAGAGCUCAGACACUCUGGUGGGGGCCCACAUCAGAAUCCAUCGCUGCAACGAGUCCUUCAUUUACCUCCUGUCCCCUCUGCGAUCCGUGACCAUCGAGAAGUGCCGGAACAGCACCUUUGUCCUGGGCCCCGUGGAGACCUCAGUGCACGUCCAGAGCUGUGACAACGUCAAGGUCAUCGUGGUUUGCCAUCGCUUGUCCCUGUCGUCCACCACCGGCUGCACUUUCCACACCCUGACACCCACGCAGCCCCUGGUCCUCUCGGGGAACCAGGCAGUCAGCUUUGCCCCUUUCCACACCCAUUACCCCAUGCUGGAGGACCACAUGGCUCAGGUGGGCCUGGCCACUCUGCCAAACCGCUGGGACAGCCCCAUGCUGGUGUGCAGGGACAGCGGGGACACGGGUGUGUUCCGCCUCCUGCCGCCCUCGGACUUCUACACCUUUGUGAUUCCCUUCGAGAUGGAAGGAGACACCACGGAGACCCCCGGGGGGCUUCCUCAGGAGUACCAGGAGGCGCUGAGGCAGCGGGAGCAGAAGGUCCAGGUGUGGCAGCGCAUGGUGAAGGAGGCAGGGCUCACCAGGGAUCAGAGGAAACAGUUCCAGACGUUGGUAGAAAACAAAUUCUACGAGUGGCUGGUUCAGACGGGGAACCGGCAGCAGCUGGACAGCCUGGUCCCUCCUGCCCUGGGCUCCAAGCAGGCAGCAGGAUAACAUUCCUGCCCAGGAUAGCAUUCCUGGGCAGCAGAAGGAAGGGGAGAGCUGUGGGAACAGGCAGCCAUCCACUCAACCCAGCUCUCAAUAAGACUGUAUGGCCACCCUGCCUGCACCCAGUGGAUCUGACACUCAGCCCUGGUGUGGGUUGGACUCCCUGAUCCCUGCUGCCUUCCCAGGAAUGUGCUGGAGCCAUCCUGGUGGUGACUGAGAGGUGCCUGGCACUGGGGAAGAUGAGCUGUGCCCUGUUGCAGAGCUGUCACCACAGUUGGUGUCCAGCACACCCGGUCUCCUGGGACAAAGCUGGAUGCAGGCCCUUGGCAUUGCCUGCAUCCUCAUGGUACAAACCAGCUGUGCCGUUUUUAUAAAUGUGAAAAAGAAAUGUUGAAGUUUUUUAUGAACCAAGUCCAAUAGGUUAAUUUUUUUUAUAUGAAGGUGGCACUUUUACAAAGAUGAAUUUUUGUAUAUGGUUGCAUUGUUUUGACAAAUGUCAAUAAACCAGAGCUGUUGGAUAAA